AUGGAAAAUAAUCAAGGUUUGAAAUUAGCUCUUGGAUGGAAUAAAUGGAACAUGAACAUUAUUGGUCUUUGGCCAGAUCCAUACGCUAAGAAAAGCCAUCGGGAGACUUGUAAGACUCUAUUAGCACUAUCGGUUCCUAUACUUUUUGCAACGGCUCCUCAAAAUGCCAAUUUAUUUUUCAUAUGGGGAGACAUUGAACUGGUGACUGAAAAUUUGUCCAUAGUUAAUAUCCCCUGUAUAAAUGUGAUGUUGAAGUUGCUGUUCUCUUGGUAUCAUAGAGACACCUUCGGGUACAUAAUAAAAAUCUUCUACGACGACUGGCUUGCACCAAAAACGAAAGAAGAAAAAGAGGCGAUGAUAAAUAAUGCUAUGCCUGGAAGAUUUAUAUCAAUUUGGAGUUCGAUAUUAACAUUAACGAUGGAGACGGUGUACGUCAGCCUUAGAUCUUUCAUAAUCAUCACUUGUGAUAAAAACGAAGAGAGAGCAGAUCAUUUGACUAUUUUUCCUGGAUAUUUUCCCUAUGAUAUUCGAAGAACAUCAUUUUGCAUUUUCACUAACUUGGGUCAAGCGAUUACUGGAUAUAUAGCCGCGAUUACAUACACUAGUAUCGAUAGCUUUAUUGGUAUGUUGGUGAUUCACAUAUGCGGGCAAUUUGAGAUUUUGAAAAUGAAAUUGGAAAAAUUAAUGGGAGAUGAAGAUUGUGGAAGAGAUGCAAAACAGAUUCAAAAAGAGUUGGCCUGGAUUGUGAAGAGACACGAAGAUUUGAGCCAUUGGAAUCAGUACACGAUGAAAUUUGUUGGUAUCUGGCCAGAGGAGAGAAAAUGGAACCGACCAUCGAGUUAUCUGGUAUUAAUAGCAGUUUUAAUGAUGCUGUGCUUCAUUACCAUCCCGCAAACAAUUAAUCUCAUGCUAAUUUGGGGCGAUAUGGAUUUGGUGGUGGAAAAUUUAUCGAUGGGAAACAUCACUAUCACGAUAUCCCUUUUGAAAACGAUCGCCUUUUGGACCAAUGGCAAAUCAUUGAAGUCUCUGCUAGAAUGCAUGGCCAAAGACUGGAGCACACCUAUGUUAAAAAACGAGUAUGAAUCAAUGAAGAAAAUCGGGAAAAUCACCAGAACGAUCAUCAUGAGGAGCACCAUAAUGUGUAAUACCGUAGUCACAGCCUAUGGCGUUCUACGAAUGUACUCCAUGAAACAUACCGAAAACAAAUUGUUCUUCCGUGCCUAUUUCCCUUACGACGUCGAUUCCACCCCAAAUUAUCAACUGACUAUGUUCGCUCAAUUCCUGGCUACUAUGUAUGCAGCGAUCACUUACACCUGUGUGGAUACUUUCGUCGCUAUGCUGAUUUUGCAUAUUUGUGGACAAUUGUCGAAUUUGAAAGAAGAGAUUAAAAAACUCUCGGUGCAGAGUGAAGAAGAUUUUCAGGCCAACUUAGGGAAAAUUGUUCGCAAACACCAGUACUUGAACAGAUUCGCGAUGCAAGUAGAAAAUUGUUUCAACAUGAUGCUUCUAGUUCAGAUGCUCGGUUGCACCGUUCAAUUGUGUUUCCAAUGUUUCCAAGCUAUCAUGUCAUUUGGCGUUGAAGAAGAGAAAUACUUGAUCCUUCAAAUUAGUUUCCUGAUAAUCUAUGUAAUUUACGUGAUGUUGCAUCUGUAUUUAUAUUGUUACGUGGGUGAAAGACUAACAGCCGAGGGUCUCGAGAUAGCCAACGCGGUGUACGAUUCCGAAUGGUACAAUUUAUCAGCGAAAAAUACAAAACUACUUAUAUUAAUCAUAUGUAGAGCAAAAACACCGUUGCAAAUCACUGCAGGAAGAUUUUGCUCCUUCACUUUGGAACUCUAUUUUCAGAUUUUAAAAACCUCCAUGGGUUACAUUUCCGUUCUAUGUGCGAUGAAAAACUAA